CGGAAGUGCAGGGAUUUGGUGUUCCUCGUCAUCUUCAUCGCCUUCUGGGUGGCCAUGAUCGUCAACUCCAGCUUCGGAUUCAACCAAGGAAACCCAGUUCGCUCGGAUGUUUCCUUUCUGGGAAUGGAGACUUGUGUACGAACUCGGUCCUGCAUUCUUUGAAAGAAUUUUCUAAGUUGAGGUGAAGAUGGCCUAAGAUGGGAGGAAAAGGCGGCAUUGCCGGAUUUAUCUGGGAGGUCUUGGAGUAACGCCAAUUGUUUCGUUAGGUAACGAGUAAACCUGAGUGCUAGAAAAUGCGAACUUUUGGAAUUUAUCUAAUCCGUUCGGAGAUCCAAAUAUGGCACAAGCUGCAUCACGUUGAUCAAUCUCACCAUUUUUUUAUGGAGACUAUGUUUGAUGGCUGCCGUAGCCUUCUUGGUUGAGACUUGUUCUUGAUAUUUGACCCCAUUUUCAAGGGCUCACCUAUGGACUGGACUACAAAGGAAAUGUUUGUGGCAACAAACAUGCUAACCCGGAUUUACGUGAACUGGAGGUUAGGUACUGGUUGAAUCCUAACCAGGUCUAUCAAAGUGGUUUGAAGAGUAGCCAUUUCAGUCUGGCUGAUGCUAAGAGUAUCUGCUUGAUGGAAUGUCCCAUUCCUUCGGAAGAUGGCCUCAACUUCAUCUGUGAUUAUCCAGAGGGUGACAUUCGCCUCUCAGUGGAUGAUUGGAUUGACAGGGACUAUGAUUAUUUUGAGUUUCUUACACCAGAGAUGAGGAAUAGCUCCCUUCAACUCCAAGGUCCAUGUUACCCUAUAAUAUUUCCAAGUGUAAAUGUUUAUUGGAGCUGCCAGUUCAUAGCACGUCCAUCCAACAUUUCUUUGAGGCAUUGGCAGCAGAUGGGUGGAGUUACCAUUGAGGAGAACAUAUUAAUAGAUAAAACUAUUCACAGGGCCAUCAAUUCUCCAUCUGCUGUCUUAAAGAGAUAUGUGGCGGAUAUUGGAAAGGCAUGGCCUGUGUUGAUCGUUUGUGGGGGAAUCCUGCCACUAUUUUUAUCUGUGAUUUGGCUAUUAAUGAUUCGCCACUUUGUUGCUGGAAUGACAUGGAUAACAGUGAUUCUCUUCAAUGCCCUUAUAAUAUCUGUUACAAUGUUUUACUACACAAAAGCUGGAUGGAUUGGACAUGAUGCCAUCUCAGUUGUCAUUGAUGAAAGUGAUCCAUAUGUCAACAUAAGUGGGAGGGAAAUAAAUCACAUUCGUGCUGUAGCUGUUCUUAUGACGGUUGUAAUGAUCAUCACAUUUCUUUCUUCAAUAGCCAUUGUCCGCCGUAUUCUUAUAGCAACAUCUGUUCUGAAGGUUGCUGCAAAGGUCAUAGGCGAAGUUCAGGCUCUUAUUGUUUUUCCAAUUUUGCCAUAUUCUAUCCUUGCAAUCUUCUAUAUGUUUUGGUUUUCUGCUGCACUCCAUCUUUUCAGCUCUGGUGAGAUCAUCAGAAAUGAUUGCAAUGCCAAUUGCUGUUCAUAUGACCUUAAGUCCAACAGGGUGAAUUGUGAUAGUUGUUGUGGCUACAGCAUCCAUUACACCCCCCAUAUUGGAAUCUCCAUCCUUUUUCACCUAUUUGGGUGUUACUGGGCAACUCAGUUCAUCAUUGCAUGCUCGUCAACUGUUAUUGCUGGAUCAGUUGCCUCUUAUUACUGGGCUCGUGGUGAAAUUUCGGAGAUUCCAUUUCUCCCUGUAUUUUCUUCUAUGAAGCGCCUUCUAUGUUACAGUCUCGGAUCUGUGGCUCUUGGUUCACUGGUUGUAUCCAUUGUUGAAUGGUUUCGGUUUAUACUUGAGUCACUCCGCCGCAGGUUAAAACUUGCAGAUACUGCUCCUGUAAGCUGUAUGGGAAAAAUGAUGUCCUCUUCUUCACAGUGCUGCCUAGGGUGCAUUGAUUGGACCAUCAAUUCUGUGAAUCGGAAUGCAUAUAUUAUGAUUGCCAUUACUGGCAAAGGGUUCUGCAAAGCAUCUGCAAUUGCUACAGGUCUAAUUAUGAAUAAUAUAUUGCGCAUAGGAAAAGUGAAUGUCAUUGGAGAUGUUAUUCUCUUUCUUGGGAAGUUGUGUGUCAGUCUCUUCUGUGCACUGUUUGCAUUCCUCAUGUUGGACACUCACAAAUAUAAAUCUGCCCACAACAGGAUUUCAUCCCCUUUGUUCCCUGUUCUGGUAUGCUGGGCCCUUGGUUAUAUAGUCGCAGCCCUCUUCUUUGCAGUUGUGGAGAUGUCGAUCGACACAAUCAUCCUCUCCUUCUGCCAAGAUGCAGAAGAGCAUCAAGGGACUGCACAAUGCGCACCUCCCCUUCUCAUGGAGACGCUCGAUGGCGAAGGAGAAACGCAGAGACUAACCCAAGGAUCUUGAGCACAUGUGUGUUUUUCUUGUUAUGUUGUUCAGAUCAGCAAUCCAAAAGGGAAAGCUUCAUCCCUUUACCCGGCGUCUUCCGCUCAUUUUUCUUUUUUGCUGUUUGUUGCGGAAGUUCACCUUCCUAUACUAAAUUACAUCCUUGUCAAUUAAUUUCAUGAGUUAUAACCAUUGAUCCAGAAGUAAGGAUGAUCUUUCUACAA